GUAUAAAAGAGCAGUGUAUUUUGAAUAAAUCGGAGUUUUCACUCUCACAGCCUUCUGAAUCAGUCUUCUCAUUCCCGUCCUGCCUCGACAGCGACAUCUGGUGACCGCCGACGUGGACUCACGCCUCACUCUGGGGUACGGGGUCUGACGACCUCGCCUGGGCUGGCGACCUGCACCUCGCGUCUUGCGGGGGGGUCUCGGCGGCGCGGCACUGCGCCACCAGCCUGUGGCUGUGGACGGACACCUUUGCCUUCUUAAGAAAGGUAACGCUGGAAGUCCGCGCCUUCUGUAGAAGGCUGUGGUUCGGCUUCUAAGAGCUGGGACUGCGGGACGGGGUCUCCCUGGAGGAGCGGACUGUUUUGUCUCUAAAAGUGGACUUUCGCUGACGGGAGAUUUCAUAGCGAUGGGGAAUCAGGCAUCUGCAGCUGAUCGGACGGUUUUGUACGCCUGGCAAGCCUCUAUCCCGCAGAUGAGGGCUCGGGUCUCUGAGGAGGAACUGAUACGGCUCUUAAUCUGGGCUCGAGAUCAGAGAUUCUCCGUGGACAUUAGGCGGGCCUUUGAUCGAAAGCUCUGGCGCGAUAUGGGGCGGUGUCUCAUGCAGCAGAUGCACCAGGGAGACGCGGAGGCGUCCGCACUGUUUUCAGUCUGGGGGCGUGUGUAUGUGCCCCUGCGGGAGGGGGCCCCGGGGAGCUCGGACUCCGAGGGGGUUCUCUCCGGGAGUGACGACGCCGCUUCUGUAUCUAGUGGUCUCUCGGGGAGAAGGGACACGCGGACGGGCCGAGCGACGCCCGAUCCCUUCCCCGGCGCGGAGCGGGGUGUCGGGUCAUGGUGGAACGCCCCGCAAGCCUCCCGUGUCGCCGGGGAUUCCUGCUGGUCCCAGCGCUGCCUAACCCCAUGGCUAUGCUCAGCCUGGGAAAUUUUUGCCGGCCAAUCAGCCACAGAUUACACAGCAGACUGUACCCCGGCCGGCUGAACAAGCGCAAUCUGCUUUUGGCACGGUGCCAGUGCCAGCACCUGCUUUUCAAGGUGGCGCUGGGGGUGCCAUCGUCGCAGCCCUCGGGCUCGGCGCACCCCCCUUUGCACGGCCUGUUGGGGGCUGUCUCGUCUACGCCACAACAGCCCGGACUCGGUCCGUCAGUUGACCAGACGGCUCCGCUGGUUCAGCCCUUGGUGGGGCUCCGCUCUGCGGCUGGCGGGAGGGGCGGUGCAGCCCGCGGCGCCGGGCGCUGCGGGGGCAGUGGCCCCCCGGCUCCUUUGUUAUCAGCUAUGGAGCCUGCGCAGAUGUGUGGGCCUCGCUCUCAGCUGCCUCUGGGGGCAGGGAUGCAGCCUUUCGCCCACUCGCUGGCGCAACCCUCGCUUCCCGUGGGGGUUCAGGUUCUGCCAGUGGGAGCAGCGCAGCUGCUUCCCGGAACGUCCCGCUGCGCGACGUGUGCUGGGACUGAUUAGAUUUCUUUCACGGUGCCAGCGUCAAUGGUUCAACACCAUCUUGCGGGGGGCACUUCGGUGUCGUUUUCGGCCCUCCCGGCCCCGGGACUGACGCCGGCACUGGGGGCGGUACCUGCUCUCCACACCACGCCUGCUGUGGCGCCGGCGCUCCCAGCGAUGGGGACCGGCGCCCUGCCCGCCGCAUCCGCGGCUGGAACGGUUCUGCCUUUCGCCGUGCCCGCCGCUCCGGCGGCUUGAGCAGCGCCUCUGGCUCCCGCCCCCCCCCCCCUCCCCCCGCUGUCUCAGCAGCAGCACCUCUGCCUCCCUCGCCCGCUGGUGCUUCAGUGCCCGUGAUGCCUGCUGCGCCCCAGCAGCCAGUGCCGUUCCUGUCAUCGAUGACACAUCCACGGUGUUGCAAGCUCCUGCUGACCCUUUCGUCUUGCCGUCUGCGACGGAGGGAUUCGCCGAGCGGCCGGUGAUGGUUCCAGUCCCCGCCCCGUCACCAGCGGCUGGCCCACCUGGUUCGGGAGCUGUUGGCUCGGGGGCCCAGCCCAGUGCUUCGGCUUCGCAGUCGAUAGCCGCCUGCCCAGCCUCGGUGUCUCCUGUCAGCCCACCCUCCCUCGUGGAUCGCGGACUGUCCCACACGCCCCUGUCACAGGAGGCAGGAACCCGCAUUGCUCAACUUGUGCCUUUCCAGUCGUGUGUUCCCAGAGCAGAUCAGCAGAUGCGUGGAGAUGGUGGUUUCGAAUCCACAGGACCUACGCAAGUCCUCUGGUCCUCGCUCAUUUCUGCCAACCGUCCACAAAUGGUGUGCUCCGUGGUUUUGCCAGGUGCCAGCCCGUCUCGGAUUCAUCUGCAAGGUUUGAUCGACACCGGGGCUGACGUGACAGUCGUCUCCGCCUCUGUGUGGCCUCCUAAGUGGCCUUUGGACUCCGUGGGAGUGGCCAUUGAAGGCUUGGGAGUUGCAGUACAGACAUUUAUGUGCCGGCAGGCUGUGUUGAGCAAAAACAUGGAAGGGCAGACAGCAAAGGUUCGGCCCUAUGUUACUGCAGCUCCGGUCACUCUUUGGGGGCGGGAUGUGCCGGCAGCCUGGGGUGUGCGCAUCGGGACGGAUUUUUGAUGGGGGUCACUGUGUUGAAGGGCGCAGAUUACCCUACACUGCCUUUGCGGUGGUUGGUGACCAGAGCCGACCUCCUUGGAAGUAUUUGGGGGUCAAGAUUCUGGAGCAAACCAUUCAGCAUCAGGAGGUGCAAUUUCCAGAGACUAUUGCAACGCUGAAUGAUGCCCAGAGAUUGCUUGGGGUCCUCAAUUGGUUACGUCCCUAUCUGGGGCUGACCACGGCGCAGCUGUCCCUGCUGUUCAAACUUUUAAAGGGGGACCCGGACCUGAGUUCGCCUUGGAAAUUGACUCUUGAAGCGCGGCAAGCGCUGGAGGAGGUUCAAAAGGCUCUGUCUACUCGUCCGGUUUACCAAGUAGACCCUUCCAUUGAUAUCACUGUCUGAAGGUAACGCCAGGGCUGAUAGGUUGGCUAACCCUGCGUGGGUGGCACCUCAGCCUGAUAGAACUGCGCAAGCCAAGGCAUUGCAUGACUUUUUUCACCAAAGUGCACAUACUUUGCAAAAACAGUUUGAUUUGACAGCAACCGAGGCUCGUGACAUUGUCAGCUCUUGUGCUGACUGUCAUGGGUUUGCUGCACCUUUACCGGCGGGGGUGGACCCCAGAGGCCUGAAGGCCUUGCAGCGCUGGCAAACAGAUGUUACACACAUUGCUGAGUUUGCUCGACUUAAGUAUGUGCAUGUGUCUGUCGACACCUUCUCCUCCGCCAUGUGGGCAACUGUUCACACGGGGGAGAAGAGUCGCGACGCAAUUGCUCAUUGGAGGAUGGCUUUUGCAGUUCUGGGGAUACCUUCGUGCGUAAAGACUGACAAUGGCCCUGCCUAUGCCUCACAGAAGUUAUGUCAGUUUUUGCACCUGUGGGGAGUCUCACACAAGUUUGGUACUGCACAUUCACCCACAGCUCAAGCCAUUGUUGAACGCGUGCAUGGCACUUUAAAGCGUGUUCUGGAGAAACAAAAAGGGGGAAUGCCAGGAGAGACUCCACACAGUCGGUUGGAGAAAGCUUUGUAUACAAUCAACCAUUUAACUGUGCCAAAGAAUUCAGAGAUUCCUGUCAUUUUGAAUCAUUUUCUCUCAUUGCAUUCAGCAGGUGAGACGCAUCUGCCCUGAGCGCAGGUCUGGGUGCGAGACCUUGUCACCAAUAGGUGGGAGGGUCCGUGCAACCUCAUUACUUGGGGCCGCGGGUAUGCAUGUGUCUCCACAGGUACCAGGGUACGAUGGAUACUUGCAAAGUGUGUUCGCCCUGACUUGAGACAGCAGAAACAGAGUGUGGUCAACAGAUAGCCUGUGAGCAGUGACCAUGCUGCUGACCAUCCAUCACAAUCUUCAGAUGAUGAUCAAGACAUCAACCAUCAGUCAGCCAGCCCCUCCACGAGGGGGAAAUGAACAUUUGAUUUGCUUUGCUUUUUGGACAUGAACUGGUGACGAGUUAGACUGCCUGUGUUACAAGCAGACUAACAAUGUUUUGGUGUUGGUGAUGGAGUUUUAGAUUUAAUAGUUAAGUUUGUAAAGAGUUAUAGUGUAAGUCAAAAUCUCUUUGACUGUUCUGAGCCAACAUUCAAUGAGGUUUUGAAUCAUCAACUAGUGAACCUCGGAGUCGUGUUUGUCCUCUCUUCUGCAAGAGACCUUGCAAAAAGGAGACAAACACUGCCUUCUUUUUUAAAACUAAAAGAGAAGACAUGUGGGUCUCAGAUUCAGUCAAAGAAAGAAAUUGAGAGUUUCUAGCCAGGCAAAAGCCUGGGAAAGAGCUGGAAAAGAAUGUAAAUAAUUCUUUAUCUCUCUUGACCUCACACUGUUUAUAGUUAAGUUCUGUCACUGUGCGUCAAGCACUCUGAACCAAUGUUGUAGUUUGUUUUCACUUUAGGACCAAUGGAUUUAACCUUUGCAAAGCUCUGUAUAAAAGAGCAGUGUAUUUUGAAUAAAUCGGAGUUUUCACUCUCACAGCCUUCUGAAUCAGAGUCUUCUCAUUCCCGUCCUGCCUCGACAGCGACAUGUGCCAGCCAGGUGUGUGUCAACACAGCAAACAGGGAAUGUGAAGUUACCCCCAUCUGUGUCUGCUAAGAGUUUUGACCUUUGAGAUUAAGUGGCACAAAGUGAAUCACUUUAGAUUCCUCUCUGCAUCUCCUUGUUAGGUAAUGCUGCUAAAUUGGCCUGCAGCAGGGGAAAAUGCCUCUCAGCUCUGCAGAUUUGAUAAAUUGCCAUUUGUCCUGAGGAAUUUCUUUUUACAAAGUACACAAAAACUUGUUAAAAAGUGAAACAACAGGGAAUGAUGGUUCCAAACAUUGGAACAGUUGUGGUUUCUCUGUUUUCCUAAGCUUGCCUUCCUGUAGUCUGUCUAACUGAUCCCUGCCUCAUAUCUCCCAUUUCUGAUGGGGCUUGUCCACUGGUUUCCUAGCACCAGUAUUUUACUAAGUUUUAAGUUUCACAUUCUCUUUAAACUGUUCUGUCUUGCUUUCUUUACAUCCACUACAGCCAGUUCCCUAAAGCUCACAGAUGUGUCACAGUAAGAAAUGUAGAAAAUUGUUAUGUGCUACAAUAUAAAGGAAUAUAAGAAGAAUAUUUAUAAGGAGAUCUUAUUGUCCUUCAGGACAAUUUACAGUGAGACUUUGAGACUUAAGCACUUAAAAAGCAGACAGUAUUAAGAGCUAUUGAGUUGAUGAAUGAUUCUCUGAUGCUUUAAUUAUGUAACAUAAUGUUCCAGGCAAAAACUUGCCACAGGAGAGGUUCACAUCAAGUAGGAGAAUAGUCAUUUUUGUCUGCUUGUUGGAAAUGUAUGACAGUAUGAGACAAGAACCUCUUCGUACCUAUGAAAAAUUCUGUACAGAAA